GGUCUUAUUUGGCAGCAUUUUAAAGAAAGUUAGGUCAUCUAAAGACUAUGGUAUUUUCACGGGAGUUGCAGCUGUGUUUUGUCGUCGUGUGGGUGUCAAGUACGUGGGCAAAGGUGGACGUAGAGUCCCUCCAAGCUACCGUCAACAAAUUAGCGAGACAGCUCAUGCUCCAACAGCAAUACGUGGAAGAAAGGAUUCGCAGUGAUGGGGACUCUGGAGUUAAACAAUGUCGCAUCAAUAACGAAGGGACGAAAGUGUAUCAUCUUCCAAGCCAUACCUCUAAGAAAGGAAUUGCGGCUCUACACGACCACUCAAACCACAUCAGAACAAUUGGACUGGGAGAAGUUAUAGUCGUAAUGAACGGGGUUGAAUUCCGUACCCGUCACAAUGAUUACAUCUUACACAAACCUAGCACAACAUCAAAAGAAUAUCACGCCACAGAAGAAAUACAAUUCCCCGAUGUCCCACCCGAAGUCACCCAGAAAGCAAAGGUUGAAGAUCAGAUUGAAGAAAUGCGAGAGUGGUUCAAGGCGUGGCGGGACCAAAACCACACCGUGCGAGACUAUCGUCAAUACUUCAAGCCUAUCCUGUGUUACAUGGAAGGAGCCUGGACAACGGAUGCCUGGGACGAUAUAGAGGAGCCUUUUAAAAGCGACCGUCACUGGCUUGAUGCAACCAGUUGGGAAGAUCUACAAAACAAGAUUCGUUUCACCUCCUAUAAUGGUCGUAAAAGUUCCUUGGAGAACUAUGCAUAUUUGCCGUCCACAAUUUUGGAUAUCAUUAACGGAUCUGAUCCCGUUUUUGCGCAGUGGAACUACCGAAUUUUAUGCCAUCCCCUUACUCGCGAUCUGCGCACCAAUAGAUUUCGCAUAGUCGACGAUCUGAGUCCCAGAAUGAUGUAUCUGCGGACCCUGAAGGACCACGGUAUGUCCCGCCGCGCAAGGUUUCAGCUGAACCCACGCGACAAAGGCUCGUGGAUAGACAGAUUACAGCAACAUUAUGGGUUGUUAGACGAACUCAUGAGCGAAAUUCCAGGCAAGGACAAUUACGGAGCUCAACUGACUGACGAAGCUUUUGACAAUCCGGCUCACACAAUUGACCUUAAUGGCGACAAAGUUAAUACAGCGUAUUACCAUCGCUGGUGGAAAGAGGUGAAACCUGGGGCAAUGGGUUUAGCGAUUCGGAAGCGAGGUUUCUCUGACAGAAGUCUCUUCAUGGCAAUGACUACGCAGCCUCGGAUAGCGGGAAUGGGGCUACGCGAUUGCAAAAACUCAGACGACCGCCGCCAAAUUUGUCAAAAUUAUCAACAGAAAUGGACAUACGCUAUCCCAUUGGAGGUGAUUUACCUCACUCCUCUUUCAACGUGGAAUCCGUACGGGAUAGAAUACAAAGGCGACGCAGAAACCGAGCUGGGACAAACGGUAACAGAGAACGAAAGUCGUUAUGGCGGCAUAACAUCAAAGACCGCAUAUAAUGGUGCAAAUAGUAAGCUGUACAAUCUCACCCCUGCCGAAUUUUUCCAAGGGAGAGUACUCGACUCCGACAAAGCCGAUACAUUUCGUGGAUCCGUUGGUGUAUUGGAUCCUGAAGGAAACGUACGGGCGUUGACUUCAUCGGGCGUGCGUGUGUCCUUCCCAAACAUUCCAGGUGUUGGGAUUCUGCGACAGAGAUAUCCAAUCAUGCCGCUACACAAUGAAGGAAACCCGAUAUGGAAAGAGCUGGAUUCCUUAAAAGAUAUAGUUAUGGAACACACAAGAUAUCUGAAGAUGUAUCGUGAGCGUCCAGGUGGAUCGGAGGGUGGCCAAGCAGGCAGUGACACCGACGCUACGGAAGAUACCAAAUACCAAGAUGGUGUCACACUUAUGGUGCUGCCUGCUACCCGUAGCCCCCCUGGUCCCCACGUGCACUGGAUGGAUCUUUCCCCAAGCGACGUGGACGACUUAAAGAACGGUCUACCUGUCACAAUGAUUACCACUGAGGAAUAUGGCCAUUCUCACAUGAUCAAGAUUAGAUACAAGCCCUCGCUGGAACAACCGUUUACUAUGAAUCGUUGUGAUGGCGAGAUGGCCUGCUGGGAUGGACACACGGGUCUGUCUAUUACCGAGGAAAUUUUGUAAAGAGAGCUUUGAUGUCAGUUGAUAACAUUUACUAUGGAAGAGGUACUCAAGAAUGUCUGAUUUGAAAUACGUUAUUCGGAAAUAUUUUAUCUCGUUUACUUAGUGAACAAAGCAUAACAGGUAGUCUAUAGGAAUAAUUUACGAACUGAUAAAAUAAAGUUUGAAAGUGCCAAAACUGAGUACAAGGACUUUAAUUCCCUGGGCGUUGUCGACUUUUAAUUAUAUGAUUUUACCAAAUACAUCCAAAAAAAUAUAUUCUAAUGCAGUUCCUAAAAUGCAUUUUAGAAAAUGUGUUAAUAUCCAAUAUGUCUUUCUUACAAUUAACAUCUUUGGUAUUAGAAUUGUACCGUUCGA